AUGGUCAUAUACAUGCCCGUGUGCUUGGGAUCGUUCAUCGGUAGCGGAAAAUCUAACCUCCAGUGUCAAAAAUCUGUAUAUAAAUAUUGCAAACUAGGAAGCAAGAAUUUGAACAUCAGACGACCAAAGAGAAUCACCGGAACGCAGCGAUAUCCUUUCAAUGCGGAUAGGAUUCCGAUGCGAGGAUGUCUGCAACCGGCCAGAUGGCUGACCACAGCCACCCUGCGACGACCACUGCUCUCCUGCCCUCGACAGCUCCCAACCCGCUAUAACCCGUUUCCGCGACCUUUCCACCAUGCGCCAGUACUCCAGGCUCGACAGCCGAGCAAGCCUCUUUCGCUGGUGGAAGAGCGGAUCGAUGCCAUUCCAAUCGAACGGUACCGCAAUUUCUGCAUCGUGGCUCAUGUAGACCACGGCAAAAGCACACUAUCAGACAGACUUCUUGAGCUGACAGGCACCAUCAAACCGGGAGAGAAUAAACAGGUACUCGACAAGCUAGACGUCGAGCGGGAGAGGGGGAUCACCGUCAAAGCUCAGACAUGUACAAUGCUCUAUAAUCACCGGGGGAAAGACUACUUGCUCCACCUCAUCGACACGCCCGGGCACGUCGAUUUUCGGACAGAGGUAUCUCGUAGCUAUGCCAGCUGCGGCGGAGCAUUGCUACUCGUUGAUGCGAGCCAGGGAGUCCAGGCGCAGACAGUUGCCAACUUUUAUUUAGCCUUUGCCCAGGGCUUAACGUUGGUGCCCGUCAUCAACAAGGUGGAUCUUCCCUCAGCCGACCCCGAACGAGCACUGGAACAGAUGAAGACCACAUUCGAAUUGGACGUCGACAAGGCCGUCAGAGUUUCUGCAAAGACGGGGCUGAAUGUUCAGGAGCUGUUGCCAGCCAUUAUUGAGAGCAUUCCUGCGCUGCUCCUAGUUGAUUCCUGGUAUUCCACCUACAAAGGAGUAAUCAUUCUGACCCGUGUCUUUGACGGAGAAGUCAAGGCAGGCGACCAGCUCGUCUCUUUUGCAACCGGCCUCAAGUACACGGUGGGCGAGGUCGGAAUCAUGUACCCGAGUCAAACACCACAGUCUGUCCUAAGGGCCGGUCAAGUAGGCUAUAUCUACUUCAAUCCUGGCAUGAAACGAAGCCAGGAGGCCAAGAUUGGCGACACGUUCACAAAAGUCGGCUGCGAGAGUCUGGUCGAACCUCUCCCAGGAUUUGAAGAGCCCAAGUCUAUGGUAUUUGUUGCCGCUUAUCCAGUGGAUUCAAACGACUUUCAUCAUCUCGAAGAAAGCAUCAACCAGCUGUUGCUUAAUGACAGGAGUGUCACCAUGCAAAAAGAAUCAUCCGAAGCUCUUGGUGCAGGCUUCCGCCUGGGAUUCCUCGGGACACUGCACUGCUCUGUCUUUGAAGACCGUCUUCGCCAGGAGCACGGUGCAAGCAUCAUACUCACGCCGCCAACAGUACCGUGCAAGGUGAUUUGGAAGGACGGCAAGGAAACCAUCUUCACUAAUCCCAGCCGGUUCCCCGAUGAGGACACCCUUCGUGUCAAGGUCGCCGAGCUACAAGAACCAUACGUUCUAGCCACAAUAACCUUUCCGGAAGAAUAUCUAGGUCGUGUAAUGGAGCUCUGCGAGGCUAAUCGCGGCGAGCAGGUCAGCAUGGAGUUCUUCACUGCCACUCAGGUCAUACUCAAGUAUCAGUUGCCGCUCGCGCAGUUAGUCGAUGACUUUUUUGGAAAGCUCAAGGGCUCGACCAAGGGCUAUGCCAGCAUAGACUACGAAGAAUCCGAGUGGAGAAAAAGCAACGUUGUCAAGCUCCAGCUGCUCGUUAACAAGACUCCAGUCGACGCAGUCUCCCGUAUAGUUCACUCGAGUCAGGCCAACAGGCUGGGCCGUCAGUGGGUGACCAAAUUCAAGGAGCAUGUCGAACGGCAGAUGUUCGAAGUCAUCAUCCAGGCUGCUGUUGGGAGGAAUGUCCUGGCCAGAGAGACCAUCAAGCCGUAUCGGAAAGACGUGCUGGCAAAGCUUCAUGCCAGCGAUAUUACCCGACGGAAGAAGCUGCUGGAGAAACAGAAAGAAGGGAGGAAACGUCUGAAGGCCGUUGACUCGGCCAUGGUAGCUAUAUUCCUUGCCCGCGUUCCCGUUAAUAAUGGAGGCUCCAAAGAUCUUUUUGUCUGGGUUUGGAUGGGUGUCUGGAUUCCACGCCAGCUCUAG